AAAACACGUAAUAGGCAGUGGGAGGAUCAGCACAGAGGUUGAUGCCUGAUGUCGAAAAUUUUCUUUUCCCCUGUAGAUUUGCUAGAAUUAAGUAUAUGCACAGCAGUUUUAAGAAGAGUAUUCAAGACGUUUUGAUGACAAGCACAUUCAGUAAUAAUGCAUCUCACAGCCUGGAUGUAGCCCACAGUAUCGUCACGUCCUAAUCCAUUUGCAUAAACACAGAAGUUCCAGCAGACCAGUAUGACCUCAUAGUCUCCAUUAUUUCUAAAGGAUGCAACUUUUCUAGGAGGCAGGUUGACUUUCCACAAGAUAGAUUCAGACUCCUUGAAGAAUACAUUUUUUGAAAUACAUAAUAAUUCCACCAUGGCAAGCAACAGUACGGAGGACGGUAACCAGAAGCCUAGCAAUGGGGCAUCAGCAUCGGCAGAAGAUCCAAGUAACCAAGAGAGCUUGUUUGAGUGCAACAUAUGUCUUGAUACUGCCAAAGAUGCGGUCGUCAGUAGAUGUGGUCAUUUAUUCUGUUGGCCUUGUUUAUACCAGUGGCUUGAAACCAGACCAAACAGACAAGUAUGUCCAGUAUGCAAAGCAGGUAUUAGCAGAGAUAAGGUUAUUCCAUUAUAUGGCAGGGGGAGUACAAAUCAAAAAGAUCCCAGAGAAAAGAUGCCACCCAGACCACAGGGAGAAAGACAUGAACCAGAGACACAAGGGCCAUUCCAGGGUUUUGGUUUUGGAGAUGGUGGUUUUCACAUGUCCUUUGGUAUCGGUGCCUUUCCUUUCGGUUUCUUUGCAUCAACAUUCAAUCUAGGUGAUGGCAGAGUAGGACAUCCACCUCGUCCACAAGUUCCUAGCAAUCCUGAAGAGCAGUUUUUAUCCAAAGUGUUCCUGUGGGUAGCAUUUCUCUUUGUAUUCUGGUUGCUAGUAGCCUGAUGCUGGUUGAAACCGUGUAAGAUCAAACUACUGCUUUAUUGCAACCAGGGCCCUGUUUUAACAAACAAUGUCAACUUCCACAAUCUGCUGUUAAAAGCUACUGAAAGUAGUCUGUUGAUUGGCCGAGAGCCAUUUGUUAUAUGGUAUUCUAGCAUUAUGUGAACUAUGAAACAGAGCCCUGGAGUUAAACGAGCCAAGCAUUCUUCAGGGAUUCAUGCGAUGGUUGGUGAUAAUCUAUUGGACUUCAGUAGUAAAAUGUUUAUAUUUUCAAAAGUGAUUGGAUGGACAAUUGUGUAAGUGUUAAACUUGGUGCUUAAUUCUGCACUUUAUUCUGCAAAAAAUACACUAUUGUAGAGAUAGCUUCAACACCUUGUGACAUCAAUCUGAGCACCAGCUUUUAAAAAUCGUACUUUAAUUCACUAAUUGCAUCCAAAUAUUGAGGUCGCCCUUCACAAUCCUUGCUUGAUGGUACUGAAUAGAGUGCAGUGCUCUUAAGGCUCGGUCACAUCAUUCCGUGCAAGCCUUGUGGGUGAGUUGCGGUUGGUCGCCCGCAACUCACCCUAAAAAAUGUUUUGAGCAUGUUAAAAACCUUAUUGCGUGCAAAUCAGACUUGCGUGCGCUUCUGUGGACAACUGCGUGUGAGUUACGUGCGAGAUACUGUCUAUGUGGGCGACCUGCGGGUAGCAAAAAUAGUUACCCACAAGUCACACGCAAGGCUUGCAUGGAACAAAAUGACAGGUCCUUUACACAUCAUGCCUUAAUGAGCAUUUAGAGAUUCUUUGUAAAGAUCACAUUCUCUUGUACAUCAGUGGUAUAACAAAUCCAUUUAGGAGAAUCCAUACGUGACACCAGGGGGUGGGCACAGGGGCAAGGGACCUCACUUUUCCCCAGAAAUUACAUCAUUGUUCCUUCACUUUUCUCAGAAAUGCCCUACACCUUGAAUUUUGUAAUCGUCUGUAUUCUAGAAAACAACUCACUCUUGAAGGGCAUUUUCAAUGAAGAUUUAUGCGUCCAGUCCUUUGUGUAACCUGCAUUUCACCCCUGGAAGAACAAAACACAUGAGGCCAUUUACACCACUAUCUCUGUAGCUAAUAUCCAUUAAGAAAGUCAUUCUGACUUCCUGUAUGCGGGUUGAGAGCAAAAUGCAGGUCCCUGGCUUUACAUGUAUUUUUACUGAUGGCAAUUUUUUUUCAAACCACCCCUUUCCUAGUCUCUCUCUCUCUCAAAAGAAAAAGAAUGACUAAAGAGUAUUAAAUUACCAAGUUGACUCUCACCCUCCCGCACCAAAAAAUAUAUGUAGAGGUGUCACUGCCCAUGCCCAGUUCAGUGACAUUUGCUCUAGUGACGAUUGCUCCGCUGUAAAUUCCACAUAGUAUUGGAAUGACCAACUUCAACCCUGGAUUAACAUUAUUCCCUAUCCUAGACCUAACAUAAACCCUAUGCAACCCUACAUCUCAGACAGAACAAAGCCUUGGAGCAAUUCUUGCAGGAGCAAUGUCGUGUCGCCCACUGUCCAGUCGGACUUUUGAAGGGCGCCCUCAAUCAUCCUGAUGAGAGUACAUCUGCCCUUUGGUCACACAGCGAUUAGCAUGAACAACAGCACACACAGACCAUUACUCAAAUUUGAUUUUGAAAUCUGAAGAUGCAUUUGCCCGAUUCUAUUAAGGGCAGGCUCAGAGAGAAAAUGUGUUCCCUGAUGAACUGAUCAUUAUGAUAACAGAUUGUUUGCAUUUUUCAAACUUACAUGCCAUAUUUUGACUGUAAAUAUAUGGUUCAUACAUUUCCAUGUAUGUUUGACUUUUGACAUGCAUAUGGUUAUGUAAACACUUGGUAAAUAUUGUUGCAAUAGUUUUCAGUAAAAUGAUGAUAUCAAGAUAUUCAAAAAUUCCCCAACCAUGUCUAAUCUUUAUGGCUUGGUUCCUCUACUAGUUCGUUAUCGUUUGGCGUCCCCGUCUACUGCUUAUGUGUGUCAAUGUAGAAGAUUGGUCCCCUUCACUAGGGAUAAAAUCAUUUAGAUCAUACUGCGGCACGUACAGCCAUGGGAAGUCGACUUCCAAUGACAUCGUGCAUGCAAACACCAGUGGAUGUGAGUGCAGAUCCUAUGUUCGGGAUAAAAGAAUUAUAUUUUUAGUUUACAUUUUCCAUUUUUAAAUUCUCCAUUUUGGCAGCAGAUGAAAGAGAGAAUGUAGCGCAGGUACAAUGCCUUGAGACGACUUCACUACGUAUGUAGGAGUUCUUUAUGUAAAUGCACAGACCCAAAUUUCCUUAUUUUCUGGAACAGCAAAUGCUCUCUCAUGGGUACCAUGGAUAUAUCCCCUCCAGCCAGUCUAUCCAACAUAAAAGUUUUCCUGUUGGGAGGGCUAGCUCAUUUUCUUUGUAUGUUAAUUGUUGACGAUAUUCUUUAUUAGAUACCCAGAAUAUAUUAUAUUUCAUUAUGUUUUGUGAUUAUUGUCUAUAUAUGAAUAUAUAUCUUGAAUGGGCAGGCUCACAGGUAAAAGGGAAGAUGUGUUUCUAUGUCAAGCUGUAGCCAGUUUCACUCAGGUGUUGGAAUUAAAGCAGUUUUUGCUGCUAGUUUGUCAUGCUUUCAUAUUUUAGUUUACAGCCCUUCAAUGAUUAAUUUGUAGUGUACAAUUUGAAAUGUCUGUCUUGGAAAAUAAUUGGACAUCGAUGAGGAUUGUAUUCAGGUAAACUUUGUUCGAAUAGAUUUUAUGUGUACCCAUUUACUAGUUCUAGGAAGGAAGCAGUGAGUUUCCAAGUCAUUAGCUUUGUUGAUAUUACCCUGAUAUUACCAGACACUUGCACCUUUGAAUACCAGCUUUCCAUCAUUGACACCAAUACCUUGUAAAAUAAGAUACAUCCUAUUCAAUUGUACAAUUGAUGUUAUCUUUCAGUCUCUGGUUGGAAGUGACAUUGUUUCUCAGGGCUCUGGACCUGCAACGGAUUGAGAUUAAACACAAAGAAAUCUCUACCUUUCUUCUUUUAUGAUAAUGAAUGGAAUAGAAGUGGUAUAGAGUACUUGAUGCGAUGACAUCUAUUGUCACAAACAAUUCUUUUGUAUUUCAGUGAUUUUGAUACCAUAUCUGGACAAAUGAAAAGCGUCCAUAACCCAUAUUUGGUGCGAGUUGGUCCGUGGGGGCGCAAAAGACGUGGCUGGGUUUAUUUCCAAUUCGUCUCAUGCCAACUCGUCUACUAUCAUUUGGUCUACCGUCAGUUUGUCCACUCACCACAUGGUUUACUUUCAUUUAGUCUAAUGCUAUUCCGUCUAAUGAUUUGGCUGUAUUUUUAGUAACCAUGAACCAAUUCCUGACAAAUAUGUGUGUGAAAGCUUUUUUUUAUCAUGCUCUACCAAAAAAAAAAUAUAGUUAUGAAAAUGCUGAGAAACACAAAAAGACAAUUUUGAUGUCACACUUUGGUAUUCUUGAUACAGUGGUGCUCAAAAGUUAGUUAAACCCACCAGAACACGGGUCGUGUGGUCCUGUGGUUAGAGCAUUGGACUCAUAAUCGCAAUGUUGUGAGUUUGAAUCCCCACUUUGAUAAAAAGACCCGGGAGUAAUAUUUGUCGUUCAUAAGGUCAGCCACUAUGACUGAUUAACUUAGACGUAAAAUGUUUCCUAGGUAAUUGGUUAUAUACCAGGUUGGCGUUUACCAGCAAAACGCUGUCCUACCGAGUUCCUAUGAUAACAGAAACAUGAACAUAUUUGAAGUGUUCAAGUUCUGCCAAGGUAUAGGUAUUUGUGAACUCGGAUGAUAAAAUAUUAAAUUCUCUGGGCUUGCCAAACAUUGUCAUGGUGUUGUUUACAUUCUACACUCACUCGGCAUGAAGGAGUGCAUUUUGUGGUGAUGACUUUUGAGCACAACUGUAAGUGUGAACAAUAGCUGUAUGAUGAAAUACUAUACAUUAUUAUGAAAGAAAGAUUCAAGAUUUGUUAAAACUUUAUGUAAUAGAUAUUAUUUUAUUUAAAUGGUUUAACAAUCAUAUAAAUGUUGGUAACUCUAUCUUGGUGAAAUCUCUUGCGACCACAGGAAUCAGUGAGACUUGGAAGGGUAAAUAAUAUAAUCCAGAUUUUAUGUUUGGGAAAAUUGUCUAGAUUUUGCUGAUUAUUUGAUUAUGGAAGCUCAAUGUAUGCAUAGUUGACUAAACACUGAUUCUUUGGGUCAUUAGUAGGAUUCCUUCACCAUUGAUUGUACAAUAAUAAAUAGAUAUGGUUAUGUAUGGAUAUUGGUAAUGUUUCUUUAUCACAUCUAUGUUAAGAAUAUGGUGCUGUUUGAUUAUUCAAGUCAUUAAAUGUCAUUUGCUGCAAUAGGAUGGGCUAUCUUGGGUACAUUCUGUAGAAUUCAGAGCUAGUUUUUAAAGGACUUGCUCUCUUUUACCAGAAAUCCUGCUACCCCCCCCCCCCUCCAGUCUUUUGACAGUCGGGUGUGACUUGAAUUUGCACUUAAAUUUUGUGUGUGUGAUUUCACAUUUACAUACUGUGUCACAAAAAACCGGAUUGGUAAGAUCAUUCUGAGCAGUCACAUUUGAACUUCAACGAUACAUGUCAGAUAUCACACAUGCGUUGGUGCUUAAUGUUGAUUCCUUUUAAAAUAGUCCUUUCAGGCACCAAAUUGGUCUAGUCUUUGUGAGUCAAUGCUUUCCCUCCAUGAAACCCCCACUGAAAUCUGAUAGCCCAUAUAUGUGACAAGUCAAUCUGUUUAUCCUUGUAAAAAAUCCCCUUGUUCCUGUAAUCUGAGAGAAAUUGUCCAGAAAUUUGAUGAUAUGAGAGAUUAAUAUUGAUGGGUGACCGUUUGCUUGUCAGCAUUUGAGAUCAUCUAAUUAUGUACCAUUAUUACGAUGGUAUUGUGAAUCUAAUCAUUGGUUAUGAAAUAAAGAAUAUAUAUAUAUGUGUGUUAUAAGGAAAUAAAUGUAAUAUGUAGGAUGUGUAUAUCAGAAGAUUCAUUUGUGGUGUGUGAGUAUUCCACUGCACAUGCAUAUUAAUUGAAUGUUAUAAAGAUCAAAAUAAACCUAGUACAUUAUCUUGUCUAUAUUAAA